AUGGUUCUUAGGAUAGAAUAUGUUCAACCAGAACAAUUGUAAAGAGUUUUAAUUGCAAGAAUGUUAUUAGAUCUUAAUGAAAUUACAAAUACUCUUAUGAAUGGAAAAAGCAUUGAUAAAAUGAAAAAGUAUAAGCUAUUUUAUUAAAAUAUCAAAUUUCGAAUUCAGUUAUGGAAUUGUGGUUAAAAUGGACUAUCUUAAAAAAUAAAUAGCUUAAAUAAAAAUCUAUGA